UGCCCACAAGGGCCCGGAGUCUUCACUCUUAAAUAUCUGGUAUUGGAAGUCGAAGGCAGUGGAUAGUUCCCAUUGCAGCUGCCGCCAUGUCACACACCGUCGACCAUCGCCAGGUCGCCAUCGGCAGUGAUGAGCCUGUCGUGUUGACAGAAGUUGCUUCUGAGAUUGUAGUGAGCCCUGCUACGGCCAAGUCGAGAUCGUUCUUGGGUCUACUCAAGUACAUGGUGGAUUGGUACCCAAAGAGCUACUCUGCCUUGGAGAGAAAAACAGUCUUCAAGCUGGACUGUUUCCUGUUGCCAGUCUGUGGAAUUAUGUUCUUUUUGAAAUGGUUGGAUCAGUCAAAUGUCAAUAAUGCCUAUGUGUCAGGCAUGAAAGAAGAGCUGAACUUGAAUGGCAACCAAUACUCACUUUUCGGCACCUUCUACAACAUUGGAUACUUGGCUUUCCAAAUCCCGUCUCUACUUAUCCUGUCUCGACCCCAUCUUGCCCGCUAUUUCAUCCCGACAUGCGAGGUUCUCUGGUCGAUCCUUACCUUCAGUCAGAGCAGAAUGGAAAAUGCUGCAACGAUCUAUGGGACACGAUUCUUACUUGGGGUUCUUGAGACCCCCGUUGCAUCCGGAUCCCUUUAUGUCCUAUCCUCCUGGUACCGCCCCGACGAGCUCUACAAACGUGCAGGCGUUUGGUACGUUUGCAACAAUGCUGGAGUCAUGUUUGGAGGCUACAUGCAAGCGGCAGCGUAUACGAAUCUGAAUGGAGUCGGAGGAAUGGCAGGUUGGAGAUGGCUGUUUAUCAUUGACGGCAUCUUCAGUCUACCCAUUGCCCUUCUCGGAUACUUCAUCUUCCCGGGUCUACCAGCCAGUGGCAAACCUUGGUGGCUCACCGCCGACCAGUAUCAACUUGCGAAGAAACGAAUGAACGAAGAGGGCAUGGAGGACAGCGUGAAGUUCAGCAAGACCAAAAUAAAGGCUAUGUUGAAGAGGUUGUUCACAAAUUGGCAUUUCUACAUCGCCGUUCUCACCUACACAUUUUUCCUCUCCUCUGGUUACCCCAACGGACAGAUGGGUCUCUGGCUUAAGGCCGAGAACAAAUUGGGGGCGCACUGGACUGUGCCACAGAUCAACACCAUACCAACGGGCGUAUCAGCUGUUUCGAUCGUGUCCACGCUUCUACUUACCUCGUUGUGCAUGCUCUACCCUCUGUGGGUAAUCAUGAGUAUUAAUCAGGCAAUCUUGUUGUUCGCUUGCUUGUGUUUGCUGAUUUGGAAUAUUCCAGUGGCAUUGAAAUUUUUGUCUUUCUACCUGUUUGGCUUCACAGCCCCAGUAACACCAAUCUUGAUUCCUUGGGUCAAUCGUAUCUUGAGAGAUGACGCCGAAGCACGAGCCUUCACAACUGGCGCAAUGUUGACAUUCGGCUGGGGUUUGAAUGCAGGCUUCCCCAUCGCCGUAUUUCCCGUUGUAGAAGCUCCUCGGUGGAAGAAAGGCUAUGCCACAGAUCUCGCUUUCAUUUUCAUGGUUUGGGCCUUGUUCACGCUCGGACAAUAUCUGGAAAAGCGGGAUGAGAAAAAGGCGGCUAGAAACCGAGUCAUUGAUGAGGAAUCGAAACUUGAUGAAAAGGCCUCUCACGUGGAAAUUAUUAAAGUGGACUGAUUGGUGGACAAAAUCUCGAGUUGGUUCGAGUUGAGAGGAUUAGAUGCCGCGUGAUGCAACGGGUUGCUGAAGAUGGAGUCUUUCCAAUUAAUUGAUAAUUGUAUAAAACACUGUGCAAGAACCGCC